UCUGAGCUCGCUCUCUGAUUGGUGGAGAGUGUGAGAACCUUCAUCCAGAGCUGGACUCACACAUUGACAUGGAGAUGUGGGACUAUAAAAGGAGGGAUGAAGCCAGCAGAGAUCACAUUCUCUCUACAGAGACCUCUACAGCACACAGAUCCAGACAUGGCACCUACAGCCACUGCAGCACUCAGCACUUCUCAGGAGCACCUGACUCUCAGCCACAAGCUCAGAAAGCCUCUGGUGGAGAAGUUACGCAGAGAGCGAAUCAACAGCAGCAUCGAGCAGCUCAAGUCUCUCCUGGGUCCAGAGUUCCUCAAACAUCAGCCAGAUUCCAAACUGGAGAAAGCAGACAUCCUGGAGAUGACCGUUUGCUUCCUGAGCCAGCUGCAGCAGAAGAGCCAACAACAAGGAAGACUGCUGAAGCACAUCCACAAGCUUCAGUCCUCCUCUGAGAAGAAGCUGGGAGAGAUGGACUUCUCUCCUCUGAGCUCCACAGUCCAGACCAGCAUCAGCACAGAGAAGAGUCCAAGCGACAGCGCCCCCUGGAGGCCUUGGUAG